UUAUAAGUAAAUAAUAAAUCCAAACAAACGUUAAAUUACUUUAAUAUUCGCAGAUAAUGUGUUUUUUAUAUAGCAGGAUUCACAUGAAUCGCCCUCGGUUGGUGUAGCUGGACUGCUAAAGCGUUGAAAUUGUAUAAGCUGAGCGAGGAGGAAUACAACUGACCUAGACUCGUAUUUCAAGCCUCCAUGAACAACUUGAAUGACCCACCCAGAUGGAACAUCCAACCACACGCUAGAGGAAGAGGGGCAGGGGCUGGUGAUGGCAACCAAUGGAACUAUGCGCUGCUGGUCCCUAUGCUGGGACUGGCUGCAUUUCGUUGGAUCUGGACCAGGGAGUCUCAGAGGGAGAUCCAGAAUGUCAGAGCUCAGUAUGACAAGGAUGUGACCAAAAUAAAAAAUGAAAUGGAGGCACAAUACCGGGAGACACUGACCGAGAGGAGCAAAACUGUUGCUACACUAGAGCUACAGUUAGAAAAGGAGAGCCAGAGGGUGACAGGCUACAGGGAGGCCAUAAUCUCUCAAAACCAGCAGCUGAUGAAAGAACGGAAACAACUACAACAGGUUAAACUUUGGAGGAAGAGAAGCAAAGGCAGGUGAAGUCCCGGUGCUGCAGGCACUGUUCUGCAUCGUGCCCUGGAGCGAGAGCAAGACUGGUAUCAGCGAGCCUUGGCAAAGCUAAAGGAGUUAGAGGGUCAGCUUGUUGAACGCCAGAAUGCCUACUGUUCCCGCAUUCAGCCUCAAAAACAGCGGCGGGAGAUGGAGAGGAAUAUGCUUCUCAAGGUUGUUAAAGACCCUAUUGCAGCAGAAGUAGAUCUAGAAUGUUCAGCAUCUUAUUGAUCUAAUUUAGCAUUCUGAAAUACAAAAUCACUAAAACUUUAACUUAAUUUUAACUGUGGGAAAACUGUAUGUGCAGUGGUACUUCUUAUACAGAAAUAUACAGAUCCAAUUGCCUCAUCAGGAAAUUACAAAAAUAAUUCAAAUUUUAAUAAAUAAAACACUAUAUCAAAGCAAAACAGCAACAAAACACACCGUCACCGUCAAUAAUACAAUGUUCACAUUUAAUUAAUUUAUUCAUGGACUCUUGUGGCAGAGUUUUUAGCGUGUCAUAACUAUCAGGGAUGAAAUGGGACUAUUUCAGGUGCAUGUAAAUUUAAAUAAGGGAAAAGAUCACACAGGAUUGUGCUCAGCACUGACAUGUUAUUGCAUUAAAGGAAAUUAAAUCAAAUCACACUUUAUGCAUGUAAAUAAAUGACUAUCUGACAAUACAAUGUUUUUAUUAAUUUAUUGAUAAUAUUCCUUAAGUAAUGAAGUGUUUUCUUAUUUUUGUCCAUAACUUAGUGACUAUGUACUGUAAAUACAAAGUGCAAGCCUUUAUAUAUG